GUCAUACCUGAGAAUAUAUAACAAUACUACACAAAAAAAAUCACUAAAUAAUAAUAAGAAUAAUACUGAUAAUAAUAAACGUGUAUUGUUUCCUCCCAUGAACAAAAACUCCCGGAGCCUCUGGCCCUAACCUAUCCGCCUGUAGCCCUCUCCUCCCCGGCUCCGGUGAGCCCUUCCUCCCCGGUGGGUCCCCCGUGUAGUCGCGAUGUAGUUCUUAUCAAAGCCCUCCUGUCUUGUUGUGACAGCUCUGAUAUUGUUUAUUGAGGUGGAUGUCAGCUUUAAUUAGCAAUCGAUACGGGGAGCGUUCGCAGAGCGCGCCUCUGACGUCAGAGUCCAUUACCGCUUCUCAUUGGGUCUCAUAUUCCCAGAGCCUGGGCUAAUUAUUGGGAGGUUCAUGUGGAUAAAGUACAGCUCAUCCCCUCCCUUCACAUCAUGUCCCCUACUCGCUGGCCACACUCGCUGCAUGCUUUUUAAAUUCCCAUCGCCGGCCUCCAGACGUCGUUUCCUUUUGCCUGCGGGAUGAUGGACAGCAGGAUACUGGAUCCACCUCACGCCCAGUUCGGAGGCUCUCUCGGCGGGAUGGUGGGCUUCCCGUACCAUCUGAGCCACCAUCACGUUUACGAAUUAGCCGGGCACCAACUUCAAUCCGCGUCCGCGGUUCCCUUCUCAAUAGACGGAUUACUUAAUGGUUCCUGCACGGCGUCAGUGGGUAAUUCCAACCCCCUCUUGUCUUCGGGCUGCGGGAUGAAUGGAGAUAAUCAGCACUACAAACUCACAGACUCGGGGGACCCAGACAAAGAUAGCCCUGGCUGCAAGAGACGGAGAACUCGCACAAAUUUCACUGGCUGGCAGCUGGAGGAAUUAGAAAAGGCUUUUAACGAGAGCCACUACCCCGACGUGUUCAUGAGGGAGGCUCUGGCUCUGCGGCUGGACCUCAUAGAAUCCAGAGUCCAGGUAUGGUUUCAGAAUCGCAGAGCCAAGUGGAGGAAAAAGGAGAACACAAAGAAAGGUCCGGGUCGACCCGCGCACAACGCACACCCCACCACCUGCAGCGGGGAGCCCAUGGACCCGGAGGAGAUCGCCCGCAGAGAGCUGGACCGGCUGGAGAAGAAGAAGCGCAAGCAGGAGCGGCGGCUGCUCAAGUCCCAGAACCGGCUCGCUCAUGGGGAUUUAUUUCACACCCCGGGGUCGGACAGCGACAGCGGGGUGUCGCAUGUGACCGACAGUGACCACACCACAGGCCCGCCUUAUGACUCUGUGGGGCCAAACCAAACGAGCUGCGACCAAACACCUCACCCUCUCCAGACCCAAAACCAGAACCAAAGACACUUGGACCAGGACGCUGGCGGCUCCGAGCUGGACUCGCCCGACGCCAGCCACCGGUCCAGCCUGUGCUCCGACAGCAACAACAACAACAGCAGCAGCAGCAGCAGCAGCAGCAUCAGAGCCUCCGGCGUGCAGAAACUCAACCCUUUCAGCGUGGAGAGCCUCCUGUCGGACUCCAGACCGAGACGCACCCCCGCGGCCUUACCCUCCUCACGGCCUUUGAUAGGGAAGGGACACUUCCUGCUCUAUCCCAUCACACAGCCGCUUGGAUUCAUUGUUCCUCAGACUGCUCUGAAGACGACAGCAGCGGCGGCGGCAGCAGCAGCGGCGGCGGCGGCGGCGGCGGCAGGAGGAGGAGGAGGAGGAGGAGCAGGAGCGACCUGUGACAGUGACAGCACCCCGGCGGAGAGGAGCACCCAGCCCGGCGUCCGCUGCGGCGCCUCCGCGAGCUCCGCGGGAUGUAGGAGCGGCUCGCCGGACCGCGCCGCGGACGCGCAGGCGGGGUCAGAGGACAAGACGCGUUCUUCACCGCACACCAGCCCGCCCAGGGCCGCCUUCGCCACUGGCAAAAGUACUCACAUCUCUGUUAUUUGCGGCGACUCGACUUUCACCCACGAACACAGUCCGCAGCGCGUUAAGCCCGUCGACGCGGACAGGAAGGAGCAUUUAGAGAACACGGACCGGCCCGUCCACCCCGAGGCUGUCCACAGUGACAGUCCGGCAGAGACAAAGACAGACUCUAAAGAAGACUUGGAAUAAAUCCUUGGGGGUAAAAAGAAACAGAAAAAAAGAAAAGAAAAGGCAGAAACAUACUGAUAUAGCCUCUAAACGACAUUAGGCCAAAGCUUAAACCACAAACUACAUCUUUACAUCUAAUCUCCCCCCUCUGCUGAUAUUUUGACAAUGUUGUGCUCUCUCUCUCCCUUUCUCUCUCUCUCUUCCUCUAUCUCUCUAUCUCUGCGAGUGUGUGUGUGUGUGUGUGUGUGUGUGUGUGUGUGUGUGUGUGUGUGUGAGAGAGAGAGAGAGAGAGAGAGAGAGAGAGAGAGAGUCUCUAGAUAUCCUUUAAUGUGUGAUAACUUGUCAAAACAAACAAACACAGAAAAAAGAGACAGACCACGAAGACCAAC